GCGGCUCGCGCCUUGACAGGCUGGCGGGAGCUCGUGUUCCCACUGGCGCGACUCCCUCUACCUCGAGCGGCGAUGGCAUCCAUCGUGGGCGUCCUGAUAGCGUGGAAGCUCUUCGGCGUGACAAUGUUCGUCGGGCUGAUGUUCGACGCCUACCUGAGGCCAAGCGAGGCCCACCGCCUUGCGGCGGGGGGCGUGAUGCGACCUCGACCCGUGCACGACGAGGGCCCCGCCGACGGCCUUUGGACCUUCGCCCCCGACGCGGUGCGGGGCAUGUUCCGUCGAGCAGCGGCCGCCCUCGGUCUGGAGAUCGAGUUGAUUCUCUACUCGCUUCGUCAUGGGGGUGCGUCCGACGACCUGCUGUCGCUCAGGCGCACGACGAACGAGGUCAAGGACCGCGGCCGCUGGAUGACGGACCAGAUCCCUCUCCGCUUCGCGAGGCGGGCCCGCAUGCAGCAGCGGAUCGCCGGCCUAGGCCAGAACGUCGUCGAGUUCGACGAGCAGGUGGACUGGCAGAAGAACGACUUCAUCCUCCAGACCACGGCCUCGGGCGUCUUCCCACGGCAGGUUCCACGGGCAGUGGCGCCGACGCCGCCUGCGGUUAGGCGGGCCUCUGCGAGAAGCAGGUACUGCCCCGCGCUGGUGCUCGACUGCGGCGGAGGGGCGGCCCGCGCCCUGCAGCGGAUGGGCUUCGGCGUCGUGCACCUCGACACAA